AUGCAUUUUAAAAUAGUUGGUUUGAGGAUAUUUUGGUUUGACCCGAUCUACAGCAGAGGGCAACGAAUCAAUCAUGACAAAGUCUAUCCUCGGCACAUAUGCUUAAACUUUGUAAGUGCAUUGAUUGGAAGGGUAACUACAAAAGCUGAUGUCUACAGUUUUGGAGUUAUUCUCAUGGAGUUAGUCACAAGCAAGGAAGCUUUAGACAAGAAGCGAUCAGAUGCUGAACAUCACAUUCUCAAGAACCGCAACAUCAUUGACGACGUAGCGAGACUAGCAAUUCACUGCUGCGCCAAGGAGCUCACUCAGAGACCAGAGAUGAAGUAUGUUGUCUCUACACUUACCUCACUCUGUGACACUUGGAAGCCUAGUGAAAUCGUAGACAACGACAGGGAGGACACAAGUGUAUUAGAACUUGUAAAGAGAUGGAAGGAGCAAGAGAUGGAGGGAAGCAGCAGCGGUAUCAUUGUGGUUUGA